GUUUACAAAUGUGUUCUGUCGAAAUUUGGACCAAAUGCCAAAACACGAGCUGACAAGAAAUUGGGAGCAUCGCAAUACUCUUAUUUUAGCUUAACACAAAACUUUCAUCAUGAGUUCAUCCGAAGAUUCUAAUCCCCUAGAUGAAAACACUUCUGACGAUGAGUCUCAGAAUCCAUCCGAGUCGGAAGACGAUAAUACUGAUCGAAGUGCAAUCAAAAAUGAUCUGAGUACAAUGUCAUUUGAGCAAUUGAUGAAACUCAAAGAGCAGCUAGGUGCAAAAGUCUACAAAGAAGCUGUCCUUGGUGAAACAUCUUCCAAACUCAAAAAGAAGCCGACCGAUUUCAAACGCCUCAACAAAAAUCGACCAAGAGAACAAUCUUCUAGGAGACAAGUUCCAUUCCUAGGUGGAGUCCCGAAAACAAGCAAAAAGAACCAGCAAACAAUACGAGAUCCUCGAUUCGAUGGCAAAAGCGGUGAUUACGAUCCGAAUAAGUUCAAAGAAAACUACAAAUUCUUAAGAGAGCUUCGAGAAAAGGAAAUCGAAGAUCUUACAAAGAAGCUUCAGACAACAAAAUCAGAAGAAGAACGUCAGAAUAUAAAGUUCGUCAUGCAACGACUGAAAAACAAAAACGUCGAAGAAACUCGGUGGGAAACAAAGCAAAAUAUUCUGAAGGAAGAACAGAAGGACAUCCAAAAGGCCCAACAAGAGGGAAAACAGCCUCAUUUUGCAACUAAAAAGGAACAAAGGGCUAAAGAGCUUGUGAAGAAGUUCGUCGAAUUGAAGUCAUCUGGUGGACUAGCUAAGCACUUGGAAAAGAAACGAAAGAAGAAUGCUGCCAAGGACAGAAAGAAAUUUAGUUUUGAUUAAGUUUUUUUUAUUUUACUAUUAAAUCUUCCAAACACAA